AUGCAAGGCCUUUCUCGUCUUGCUGUUCUUUUCUGCUCAUUAUUGAUUAUUUCAACAAUUGAUGCUCGUCUUCGUCGAGUCAAAUUAAAUCAUAUCGAAUCAGUUCACGAUCAACUAUACAAAGUUGGUUCACAUGAAUCCAUUGCAUUCACACGUAAAUAUGCAGUCGAUGGACCAAUUCCAGAAUCGUUAACAAACUACUUGGAUGCUCAAUACUAUGGUGACAUCGGUAUUGGCUCACCAGCUCAACCUUUCCGUGUUGUGUUCGACACUGGUUCAUCCAAUCUUUGGGUACCAAGUGUUCACUGUUCAAUAUUUGAUAUUGCUUGUCAACUGCACAAGAAAUACGAUAAUUCGAAAUCAACCACCUAUGUUGCUAAUGGUACUGAUUUCAAGAUCAGAUAUGGCACUGGUUCACUCGAAGGAUACGUUAGUGUUGACACUGUCACAAUUGGUGGUGCUAAAAUUCAAAAUCAAGGUUUUGCUGAAGCAAUUAAACAGCCCGGAAUUGUUUUCAUCGCUGCCAAAUUCGAUGGUAUUCUUGGUCUCGCAUAUCCAUCAAUAUCUGUUGAUGGUGUAUAUCCAGUCUUCAACAACAUGAUCGAUCAAAAAUUAGUUCCUGAAAGCAUUUUCAGUUUCUGGCUUGACCGUGAUCCGGAUAAUCCACGUGGUGGUGAAAUCAUUUUUGGAGGUUCAGAUCCUUCUCUAUACGAAGGUGACUUCACCUAUCUCGAAGUUACUCGCAAGGAUUAUUGGCAAUUUAAAAUGGAUGGAAUUGCGUUCAAUUCCAAUCGAUACUGUCAAGGUGGUUGCCAAGCUAUUGCUGAUACUGGUACAAGUCUUUUAGUUGGUCCUAAGAAAGAAAUCGAAAGUCUCAACUUGAAAUUAGGCGCCAUACCCAUUCCCGGUGGCGAAUAUAUGAUCGCUUGUAGUGACAUUCCAAACUUACCACGUAUUAAUUUCACUCUUAAUGGUAAAGAUUUCUACUUGGAUGGUCACCAAUAUGUUUUAUCCGUAACACAAGCGAACAAAACUGUUUGCAUUUCUGGCUUUGCUGGUAUUGAUGUUCCUCCUCCAGCUGGUCCACUUUGGAUUCUUGGCGAUGUUUUCAUUGGGCCAUGGUACACCGAAUUCGAUGUUGCUAACAAUCGUGUUGGUUUUGCAAAAUCUGUUACACCAAAAAAUGCAACACUUAAUCAUCCAAGAAAAAUCCCAUCUCUCCGCCAUUUAUUACCUUAA